AUGUACAACCCGUACCAAGCGCCAGGGCAAUAUGGCGCGCCGGGAGACUACGGCGGUUUCCCUGGUGCGCCGCCAGGUAUGGCACCCCCUCCUGGUGUGACCGCGCCAGGCAUGGGCGCUCCUCCCGGAAUACAACAGCAAGAGGCUCACCAACCGGGUAGACCUGGCGCUUUUCCUCCAAACUUUCAACCUCCAGUCAAUAUGCCGAACAUCAAUUUCUCCGCACCCGUCAUUCGCUUGGGAACCUCGGGGCCCUCCAAACCCGACAAUUUGGGAGGACGAGACGAUCGAGAACGAAGUGGUAGAAGGGCUGGGCUGGGUUCGGGCAUGGGCUCGGAUUUUCGAGGAGAAAGAGAUCGCAUAACCCAAGUACAACCCCAGACGAAAGAGGAGAUCAUAAAGACCAUUUUCGUGGGAGGAAUUACCGAAGGCACCGGAGGAGAUGAAGGCAUCGAACGAAUAUUACGCGCAGCUGGAAGUUUGCGAAGAUGGGUUCGUGCUACCGAUGCCGAUGACAAACCUUGCAAGUUUGGAUUUGCAGAGUACGAAGACCCUGAAAGCCUCAGUACUGCCAUAGAAGUACUAAGGGAUGUUGAGGUUCCUGUCAAACGACAGACUCCGACUGAUGCGAAUGCCGAUGAGGAGUCAACCGUGGAGAUGUCCAAAUUAAUUGUCGUGGCCGAUGACCAUUCUCUCAGCUAUAUUGAGCAAUGGGAAGAGUCUCAGGGUGGACGAGACUCGGACCAAGUGCAAAUGCGUCUCGACCAUGCACGAAGCGCAUUGGAAGCGGUCUUGCAGGACCUCGCUAACCCCACUGUCCCCACGCAAAAGGACGAAUUAUCAAACAUUGAUAGAGAAGGAGACGUCAAUAUGACGGACGGCGCACAUCCCGAUGGUGCAAAUGGGGACAUUGUCACCAUCCCCAUUACCGUCGAUGACGAGCUCUCUGAUAUUCCCGCUGAAAUGCGGGACACUGUCGCCAAAGAAAUCGCUGCCUUCAGAGAUCGAAGCAAUCGUCGCGAUUUGGAGCGGCUAAAGCGAGAAGAGGAGAUUGAACAACAAGAACGAAAUCGUAUGAUGAACGGUGAACGGUUCAAUCGUCUUGCUUCGCCACCUCCGCUGGCUCCGUCUGGACCUGCGGGCGCUAACGGCAUACCUGUCGGCCCGAGAGGGGUUCCUGCUGGUCCAAAAGGCUUUGGUCAACAAAUUCCCCGAGACUAUCAAAAGGGAGUGGUGUUCGUCAACGGAACAGGGAUCAGCGGCGCAUCCGCCUUCGAGGAUGAAGAUACGGAUGCCAGUGAUGAGGAACUUGAGCGGAGACGUAAAGAGAAGAAAGACGCAGAGCUCGAAAAACAAUACCUCGACCAAGAACGACGCUGGUUGAACCGUGAGAGAUCACGGACAGCUGCAGUGGAACGCGAAAAGACUCGUGACAAGGACGAAGCAGCCCGUAUAGAAGAAGAGAAGCAAGCCAUGGCCAAACGACUACGUGAGUGGAACGACGACAUCGAAUCUUCCCGCAAACACGAAGAAUACUAUGCCGACCGAAGCAUGUGGAUUCGCAAUCGUGCCAGCUUCCGGCAACGGGAAAUUGCGAACGACGAUGCAGAUCGGGCGGCCGAACAGCGCGAACGGGCGAGAGAAUUACAACAACGUGAACGCGCUGGUGCCAUGGCCGACGAUUUCCUGAGCAGGCAGGAAAAGGAGAUGAGUCGGCACGAACAAGAAGAAGAGGAUCGACAACACAGUUCACGCCGCGAACCGGCCAGAUUCAAGCUCUCGCUCGGUGCCGCCGCUCAAAAGGCGGCCGCUCAAAGCGCAUCGCAGGCGUCAAAACGCACCGUUGCCGACGUGGAAGGCUUGCUCGAGGACGAAGAGGAAGAUUCCCACUCUGGUAGUCGCAGAACGCUCAUCCCGAUCCAAUACGACGCAUCGGCCACCUCGGCCAUGAGCGAGGAAGAACGUGCUCAGGCAGCCCGACAACUCGCUGCUGAUAUCCCUAACGACAAAGACGGUCUGUGGAACUGGGAUGUCAAGUGGGAGUUUGUGGAUGAGAGCGUCAUUGAAGAGCGGCUUAAGCCGUUUGUCGAAAAGAAGAUCGUCGAGUAUCUCGGCGUGCAGGAACAGAUGCUCGUUGAUGUCGUUGUCAAUGCGCUGCGCUUGAGAGGGAAGCCGCAGGAUUUGGUGGGGGAAUUGGAAGGGGCUCUCGACGAAGAAUCCGAAGUCCUCGUCCGCAAGCUUUGGCGUAUGCUCAUCUUCUAUUCCGAAUCCGAGAAGCAAGGUCUAGCUGCGUAG